UAUUAUGAGCUACGCCGGAUUCUAUUUGGCUAAAAAUCCAGAAAUACAGGAGAAAUUACGCGAAGAGGUGAUAUCCGUACUUAACAAAUAUGACGGUGAACUGACUUACGAAAAUUUGAGAGAGAUGACGUACAUGGACCAAGUCUUCAACGAGACGAUGAGGUUGUUGCCCGCAGCAGUGGUCAUGAAGAAACGAUGCACGGAAGAGAUCGAACUAAAAGGAUCCGAUGGAAUUACUUGUCGCGUGCAACCCGGAAUGGAAAUCCUGAUACCGGUUCAAGCUCUGCACAAAGAUCCUCAAUACUGGAAAAAUCCUGAAGAGUUUGAUCCUAAAAGAUUCGACAGAAAAAACCACAUCGAAAAAUUCACCUUUCUUCCCUUCGGCGAAGGUCCGCGCAUCUGUGUAGGUAUGAGAAUGGCCCAGUUGCAGAUAAAGGCAGGUUUGGCUAUUGUUAUGAAAAAAUACAG